CCAGAUCCACUGCUAUCAAUCUGCUCGCCAGAUGGGAUCGCCUGGGUUUCUGAACGAUGUGCAGCUUCAGACUUUGGAAAUUGCGCCAAAAUGCUCAUGAUUGACAUUUGUGGCAGACGGAGGCCAGGACCGAAAUCACCUGAAGAUCGAGAACCAGAACCAGACGAGGCCACCGCGUGGAAAUAUUGCAAAGCUUACAUUGAAGAGACUCUAGAGUCGGUUAUGGGGAUUGUGCAUCGGCCGGCUUUCGAAGCUCGGCUGCGAACGCACUUUAUGCAAGGGGCUCUUGCUAAUGAUGAUCCGGGUUGGUAUGCUCUUAGAAAUGCCGUAUACGCUUCAGGAUGCAGAGCGGAAUACUCCAAAGUCUGCCAUUUAGUUGGAUUUGAGGAGGCACAGGAACGAGGUUGGAGGUAUUUUGAAAAUGCUCUUUCAGUUCAGGCGCAACUGCUGUAUGGACAAACCGAGAUCACCGCGGUGCAAGCCCUAAUAGCGAUGUGUUUUUUCACAGAAGGUCUGGGAAACCCAAUACUCGAAUACCUCCUUUGCUCAAAUGCACUGCUGCUGGCCCAAGCGAAAGGGCUUCACCGUCGAAGUACAUCUCCCUCUAAUGACCCUCAAGAACACCAUCGGAAUUGGCUUUUCUGGGCUAUUUACUGUUAUUCGACGCAUUUAUCGUGUCUUUGGGGUUACACUCCGCGCCCACAGGUUAUCAACGACGAUUGCAUCACAUGUGAGGUCCCAACCGUGGCGGGGGAAGGCGGCACUAUUAACAUCCAGAUUUUUACGCAUAUAAUACAACUCUGCCGCAUAUCAUCAACAAUCGUUAGAAAGAUCACAGCCCUGAAGAAUUUGCCCCAAACACCCGAGGAAGCCAUCAGUACAAUAUCCAAGCUCCACUCUCAACUUACGGCAUGGCGUGACUCACUCCCCUCUUCUAUUCAACCCGAUACACCAAUCGACCCAUCUCAACUUCCCCACGGUUAUCAUAUACACCAUCUCAUGUUUUUGCACUAUACGUACUAUGGUAGUGUAAUAUUUCUUCAUUCCACAUUCGCAUAUCCAUGGAACGGCUCUCUUGGCUCAUGCCAGGAUUCAAAUGUCAGUGAACAAGUUAUUACAAGCACCAAUAUCAUCAUUAGUGCGGCGAGAAAUAUGAUACUAGCAACAAGAUACAUAAACGUUAAUGCAUCAUUGCCUGGUUGGUAUUCCGACUAUUACUACCCUUUGGUUGGAUUCAUGAAUGCCUUCUUCUAUGUCAUCAACUUUCCGAACCUUCCAUUAACUCAGUCAGACAUAGCUCUGAUGGAUAUGAUCGUCGGUCAUUUUGGGCACUUGGGAUUUCUCUCAGCACAGGAGAUGGCAUUCUCAUUCCCUAGAAAAAUAGUAAUGCUGGCUUCCACGACAGUCAGGAAGGCCCAACAGCAGGCUAGAGUACAUAGACCUAUGGAGGAGUCUUUACCGGAUGUCGAAGGAAGAACUGAGUCUUCUUCCGUGGACUUGUUCAGUGAUGUAUGUUCCUUAGUGAACAUCUCCCCUUUUUCGGUCGAAAAUUACUUUUCUUCGCAGCUUUCUAUAAUAUACUAA